CGACUACCACUACUUUAGUCUUCCAAACAGCUCCGAAGGGAGUACAUCUAAAACGAGAAAAUGCGAUGCGGGCAGUAGAAUUCUUGCAAAAUUCGAAGACAAACUUUUCUCUAGGCGUUUUACCAUUUUGACCCCAAAAUUAAUUCGUUCUAAUCAAGUGACUUCCCCUUCGGAAUAGUUUCAAUUGAUCAAAAUUACAAUGCUGUCGCGGAGUAAGACGCUCAUUUGCAUGUCGCACGUACUGCAAAAGCAAGUGCCGGGCCUGAUGUUAUCCUGUCGCCAGUUUAACAAGGAGUCGGAGGGCAGUCUGUACUCGCAGGAUGGCUGGGACAGUGGGUAUCCGAUACCGACGACGCCGCGCAAGGACCUCAAGCGAAUGGAGCCCAAGGACAAGACCAAGGUGUACGACGCCUGCUGGCAGUCCACGCGUCGCACUGAGUAUAAAUGCCGAUCGGACCCCGAGUUCAAUGUGCCGGCCUUCAUAGAUGCCCGCAAGCAUUGCCUGGCCGAUCCCUGCGCCAACGAUGUCCUGGCCAUCGACAUCACCCACUACAAGCCCUCGGAUAUGGGCAAGCGGAAAUACCCGCGCACCUGGUAUGAGUGCGUGGUCAAGCGGCGCAAACUGAAGCAACACUGCGUCCCAACUCCGCCCCCUAUUCCGCGGCGCAAGCGCAAGGACCUUGCCGCCCAUUGUCCCGUGAAUAUGUGCGUUCUGGGCAAACUGGACCUCAACCUCACCGAACCCUGCAAACUGAUGAAGCCCAGCAAGUGUCCGCGCUUCAAGAUGCCCAACUGCUGUGUGGCCGCCCGCGAUCCGCCCAAGUGCCGUCGCCCCUUCAGGCGAUGUGGCACCCGACCCAAGACCAAGUAUCCAAGUUUCUCCGAGUGCAAGAAAGAUCCCUUCCCGGAUGCCCGGCCCAUUGAGUGCAAUUGCCUACUAAGGCCGGCCAUCUGCGAGAUGUGGCGUUACUAUCGCCGCCGGAAUGGCUGAUCAAUUCGACACCGAAAAGGAAACUUUUCCAACGGUUGCUUUUAUUCAAUUCGGACUAAUGAAAUUUUUUUUGUUCAGAUGCCUACCGCAAGCUUUACUAACAGAGCUGUAGAAAUAAAAGCGUGUUUUCUUUCUUUCAA